AUGAAAACAGUUGAAGAGCAAGCAGAAAUAGACGCUCUUGUUAAAUUGAAAGGUGGACCAGAAGAUAAUCUGUCAUGGGAUCCUGAACCAACAUUACCCAUUAUACCAAUGGUUCGAUCACAGUCAUGGGAUUUAAGUACACUUAUAUUUAAUACAUUUUUCUACACUAUUCUCACAAUUAUUGUAUUGGGAAAAUGUCGUAAUUAUAUAUCGAAUAUUUUGUAA